AGGGCGCACGAAUUUGACGUCACAGUUUACUUUAUUUGGCGCGAGACCCACACAAAUUUGAAUCAGACCGUUUGUAGACAGGCUACGGGAGACUGGGGGUUUUAUUUCUAUAGGUCGAAAUUGUCCUGACUAGGACCGUGCGCCAGGGAUGUCGGACUUUUUCGUGCCAGUGUGCGUCGGAGAUCUCGUGAAGACUGGAGGGAUCAACCAGUAUGUCGUCCAGAAUGUGGUUUCCCCUAAACAGCUGCCGUCUUCUGUCAGUAAAUUCAAGGCAGCAUUUCGCAGCCAGGGGCCCUUGUGUGUAUUGGAGCACUUUGACACAGGUUACAGCGUGCUCCAGCACAGCAACUCUGUGGCGCUGACUGUUAAAGAAGACACGCUGGAAUUACUAGUUCAAGCAAUUUGUGGCCUGGCCGCUUCCCUGCCUUCAUUCCUUGCCUCAGUCUCCGUCCCUGCUGCAGAACGCAAAGAGAACCUUAAUGCAGUUAAAAUGAGCGUCUUCUUACUCUGCAAACUUACUGAGAAUCUUGAAAGUUAUUCCUGUAGACAAGGUAUUGUCACAGCGCCUGGAAAGGGUAAAAAAGCUAAAGCUGGUGGUGAAGGUCUGUUACAGUGGGAUGCAGAGAGAGAGAACGUACUGCAGGCUCUCAUCCAGCUCCUCCAACUAGAUAUUUGUUCUCUAUGGAGUCUGUCCUUAGUGGAGGAAGAGUUCAUCAGCUGUGUGACCUGCCUCUGCUAUAAACUACUUGAGAACCCAACCAUCAGUCAUGUCAAGAGCAAACCCACAAGAGACUCUAUAAUCCACCUACUUGGGGUGCUGAUCAAGAAGUACAGUCACCUACUUGGUGCAAGUGUCAAGGUGAUCCAGUUGCUGCAACACUUCGAGCAUCUGCCAUCCGUAUUUGCCCAGGCAGUGUCUGUAUGGAGCACAGAAUUUGGAGUCAGGGCUGUCAUCGGAGAAGUGAUAAGGGAAAUUGGUCAGAAGUCAAGUGAGGAACUCGCCAGAGAGGGCUCAGGGGUCAAAGCAUUUUCUUCCUUCCUCUCUGAACUUGGUGCCUUAGCACCUGAAUUAAUGAUCCCAAACAUCAGUGUGCUCAUCACUCAUCUUGAAGGAGAGAGCCACUCUAUGCGUGUUGCUGUGUGUGAGGUCCUGGGAGAAAUCCUCGUGCGUGUGCUGUGUGGAGACGGUCUAGACGAGUCUGGAAAAGCUGACCGUGAUCGCUUCUUUGAUACACUGCAAGAACAUCUUCACGAUACACACUCCCAUGUCAGAACACGUGUGUUGCAGGUUUACACGCGUAUCGUCAAUAGCAAAGCACUGCCCCUUUGCAGAUACAGUGAGGUGAUGGAACUUGCUGUGGGUCGACUGAUGGACAAAUCUAUAAAUGUGGUGAAGAGCUCUAUACAGCUUCUGGCAGCCUUCAUUGCACAUAAUCCCUAUAGCUGCAAGUUGAGCAGCACAGAUCUGAGGAAACCACUAGAGAAAGAGACUACUAAACUCAGACAGAUGAAGGAGAAACUCGAAGAGAAAGCACCUGUGGCAGUUAUUAAAGCAUCUGAGCUGUGGGCUGCCAUGGAGCCUGAGCUACUCAUCACCGUCGAGACAGAGCUGGAGCGCAAAAAUGAUCCAGAGAAGCAGGAGCAGCAGGAUGAGAAAGAUGUGGAGGAUGAAAAGGAGGCAGAAGAUGACAGAGCAACUGCAGUGCAGAUUGCUCAGUACCUUCGUGUCAACAAGUACAGGAAUGCUGUGCGUCUUUGCAUAAGCGCUCACAGCUGCUUCCCUGAAUCAGAGAUGUUUGCUUCUCUGUCCACCCUCUCUGCUGAGACUCUGAUGGACACUCUGGCCCUGAUUUUCAAAGGGUCUGACGAGGACACUGCUGAGCUCAGUCAGAACCUUCCGCCUCAUCCAGAGAAAGAGGGCGAAACACAGGGGGAUGACGGGGAGCUAAAGAAGCAGGAGAUGUUGGUGCAGUACCUGAAAGACACAGAAACAUUUGCCUUACAAGUAGAGAGGGCAAUCUCUGUUAUCAACACCAUGCUUUACUGGAAAACUACUUCUGUGGUCCAGGAAGCUGUACAGUUUUGUGUGACCGUAUGCGAGUUCAGUGUGGCUAACUCUGUCAGUGGAGUGAGGAAGAUGCUGCCUCUCGUCUGGUCAACUGACGCUGCCAUUAAAGACGCUGUCGUUCAGGCAUACAGGCGUCUCUAUCUAAACCCUCAGGGAGACACCAUCAGGAUGAAAGCCCAAACCCUUGUGGACAGCCUCUCUGAGCUGAUGGUGGAUGCGUCACUGGGAACAAUACAAUGUCUUGAGGAAAUAGUGCAGGAGUUUUUUGGCAGUGGAAGCAAUCUCCAGUCCACUGUCGUGCAGGUCUUGUGGGAGAGGUUUACUGGGAAACGAGAGACUUCUGGCUUAAACAGGCGAGCUGCAGUGUUACUGCUGGGCAUGGCUGCACGGGCAGAGAGGGAGGUGGUCCUCAGUAAUCUGGACACUCUUUGUUCUGUGGCUCUGGGAGAAAAAGUUACUGAAGACUUCCUUCUGGCUAGAGACACAGUUAUCACCAUCUGCAGCAUCACUGACCAUGUUAGGCAAUCUAAAGGGGCUCCAUUUAGGCUGCCCCAAGACCAUCAACUCUUCACAAGCCUUACACGGGCCAUUGCUGAAGGUGUGGUGAUGGAAGACCCAUACUGGCAGAGCUUCAUGGAACAGGCUGUUCGUCUCAUAUACUUCCUGGCUGAAUCUCCUGAGCAGCUGUGCUCCCGACUAUUACAGCGCAGUGGUCGCCUACUGCUAGAUCAAAUUGCAGAAGGUGGGGAAUUGAACAAGGAUGCUGGCCAAAUGCAGGACGGAUCCCAGGAGUCUAUUGAGGAAGGUGAUCAAGUGAACUGCGUGUGUCUGGCCCAACUCCUGGCUCUGUGUGGCUGCGUGGCUUUCUGGCAGGUGUCUCACCUUGAGCGCAGCGUGAGCACUGAGCUGCGGAGGAGGAGACGAGAGACUGAGGAGAGGGAGGAGAAAGAAAAGUCCCCAUCCAGCAAAGCUAAACAGACGGCUAAUGAGAGUGCUAUGGAGGAGGAGCUCGGCUUGAUUGGUGCCUCCGCUGAAGAUACAGAGGCUGAACUCAUCCGGAAAAUCUGCGAGACUGAAUUACUGGCUGACGAGAACCUGCUGUGUGCAUUCCUUCCCCUGCUGGUGAAGGUCUGCAGCUCCCCAGGACAUUAUUCCCACCCACAGCUUACCACUGCUGCCUGUCUGGCGCUCUCUCAGUACAUGAUGAUAAGCCCAUCGGUGUGUGAGGACAACAUCCGUCUCUUAUUUACAGUGCUGGAGCGCUCCGCUUUUCCUGUUGUCAGGGCUAAUGCCAUUAUAGCUCUUGGAGAUCUAACUGUCCGCUUCCCAAACAUCUUGGAGCCCUGGACACAAAAUCUCUAUGCAAGGCUCAGUGAUGAGGUUCCCUCAGUGAGGCAGACAGCUGUGACAGUUCUUACUCAGUUGGUGCUCAAGGAUGUCCUCAAGGUCAAAGGUCAAGUCAGUGAGGUGGCUGUGCUGCUAAUUGACCCGGAGCCGCAUAUUACCAACCUAGCCUUGAAUUUCUUCAAUGAGUUGGCCAGCAAGGACAAUGCGAUCUACAACCUUCUCCCAGACAUCAUUAGCCGCUUGUCUGAUCCAGAGAGGGGCAUGAGCUCAGAGGACUUCAACACCAUCAUGAAACAGCUGUUCUCUUACAUCACAAAAGAAAGGCAGACAGAGUCUCUGGUAGAAAAACUCUGUCAGCGUUUUAGGACUGCCAAGACAGAGCGUCAGUGGUGCGAUUUGGCAACAUCCCUUUCUCUACUGUCAAUGUGUGAGCGUGGUUUUAAGAGGCUGCAAGAAUGUUGGGAGUGCUACAGUGACAAGUUGACUGAGCCUGGGGUCUACCAGCCUCUACUCUCCAUCACUGCCAAGCUCCGUCGUGGGGCAAAACCUCAGUUUAAGGACCACGUAGAUGAGUUUGAAAAGCGUUUGACUGCAGUUCACACACGGGGGUUGGAGAAUGUAGAAAGCCCUGAGAUGGACGAGGAGAACCAAAAGGAAGGAGGAUCUGCUGAGAAGACAGCCAUGCGCACACCUUUGCCUGCCAAAGGACGUCUGAAGACCAAGAGAGGUCAAACAAAGCCUUCUGUGUCCAGCUGUGGUGAUGACAGUUUCGUGACACCUCAGAGGUCUCGCAAGUCAAAGAAACCUGUAAUCGUCUUCACCAGCGACGAGGAGGAAGACGAUGAUGCUGUAAUGGCAGAGAGCGAGACUCCUAAAGUGACGACACCUAUUGCCCGCACGUCCAGACGAGCUCGCCUCAGAAACUGAUUUUUUUUUUAUAUUUUCCUUGUUUUUUUGUUUUUAUACUUGUUUGAAUCAUUUUUAUAUAAAUCUUAAUGUAAAGUUAUUGGCUUUGUCGAACUAAACUACAACCUGUCUCUCGAAAUAGACUUGAGACAUCUUUUAAUAAAAUUGCUGUCUGUUUC